CAAGCCAUCACUUCCGAUGAAACGAACCGACGCCUUAAUCUCCGUUGGACAAGUGUCUGGCCGCUUGCGAUAUUCAUUUUCAAUAUCUUCUUUACCAUUUAUUUUUGACUUCUUUGUCUAGCCAUCCGCGCUGGCUUCCGCUUGCUUGAUUGAUUCAACCCUUCAGCGCCGUCCUGUCGCAUCGGCUAUACUACUCCGCUCGCUGCCAUGUCUGAGUCGCCGCCUCCGCCCUCGUGGACUAUCGCCAGCAUGGCCAAUAGUGCCGUCCAGUUUUUGCGAUUACCAGUUCUGGCUUCAUCUGGUCUCGCUGUGGUGGCCAGUGGCCUGUUGUACUUCAAACAAAAUGAGCUGAUCUAUCCUCGAAAUGUCCCCAUCGACGCCCGCUCCAAUGUCCCCAAGCCACAACAAUUCGGCAUCACAGAUUAUGAAGAACUCCAUCUACCAACUCCGGAUGGUGAAACACUACAUGCUCUCUUUAUUCGUCCCAUGCGCAAACGUAUCACGCAAGACAUAACAAUUAUGAUGUUCCACGGUAACGCUGGAAAUAUCGGUCACCGUGUUCCUAUCGCUAAGAUACUCCAAGAGAUUCUUGGUUGCAAUGUGUUGAUGUUGGAGUACCGCGGCUAUGGCCUAUCGACCGGCACUCCAGAUGAGCCAGGCUUGAAAAUUGAUGCGCAAACCGGUCUAGACUACCUGCGACAAAGGCCCGAGACUAAGAAUAACCAGAUAAUUGUCUAUGGACAAAGUCUGGGCGGAGCGGUCGCGAUUGAUCUUGUCGCUAAGAACCAAGACAAGGGUGUAAUUGCCGGCUUGAUUCUUGAAAACACCUUCUUGAGCAUUCGCAAAUUGAUUCCUACUGUUUUUCCACCCGCGCGAUAUCUUGCUCGCUUCUGCCAUCAAUACUGGACAAGCGAAGAGGUAUUGCCCAGAAUCACGAAAGUGCCCAUCCUAUUCCUUAGCGGGUUGAAGGAUGAAAUCGUACCACCGUCCAAUAUGACCCAACUGUUCGCCAUCUGCAAGUCCAGCCGUAAAGUCUGGCGUACUCUUCCCAAUGGUGGCCACAAUGACAGUGUCGCUGAGCCAGGAUAUUUUGAGCAUAUCCAUUCCUUCAUCAUGGAAGAGGUCGUCCGACAUGGACAUUGAAGGACUGUUUCGCAUUCGCACGUCCUUCUCAUUUCAAUCAUCCGUUGUGUUUGUUGUUCUUAUGAUGAAUUAUGUUUGUCGCACCUGUUGGGUCCAUGCCGCUCGGGCUGUCUGUGAUUUUGCCUUCCCUGCUCGUUUCGUGAUUUCCCCUUGUGUUGUUGUUAGACUGGUGUUUCGGAUGCUUCUGGUUGGCUGCUUUCAUUUUCAUUUUCGGGAUCCUAUGUUUCGACUGCACAUGCGAUGAGGAUCCACUGCUUUUUCCGAGAAAAAUAUAUCUCGAUACCUUAUGAAGAAACUUUUUAUGAAGCGGUGCCACGGACAUUCCAUAAGUUGCCCGUCCCCUUUGCUUGUAUGAGUGAGGUAUGAAGGGUGACCCGCUAUGAGUAAUCUGGCGGGCGCGAUGAGUCGAAAGGCGCAGCACCAAACCAGCAUG